AUGCCUAUUGACCUUGAUAAUAUCAGCUUCUACCAUCCCCCCCAAACAUCACAAACUACUGUAUCUGCUUCCCAUUGGAAAUUGUACAAGGCUCCUCCAGCUCCACAUAGCCUUUCACACCCUCUUCCACCCAAGCCCCCUAUCCCUAUAACAAACAUCCUAAUCUCGGGUAAACAGCCAACUGCUAUCCAGCAAUCCCGAAAUCCUACAAAGAAAGAUGAGACUUCAGCAGGAUCAGCAUUUCGCAAUGCGCUUGAUAUCGAACUCAAAAAAGUGAAAACACUUCAGAUGUACCCCAACGUCAGGGCCUGCAUUUGACUCUUGAUAAGUAGAUUAUACGAUGAGCGCACCUUCCUUGGAGUCGGCUAAUACUAUGUACCAAACCACACUCAGUGAGCUUGGAGUCGUUGCAACCGCUGG